GGCGGCGGGAGCUGUUGGCGGCUUCGCGCCUGGCCGGGGCUGCAGGGUAGCUCGGGCAGCGUGUGGAUCGGUGACAAGUCUGCUGAGGACUGGCAAUUUCUUCUAGUUUGAAGAAAAUUAAAAUUGGCUGAAAAAUGAGUGUAAUAUUGGAAACCUCUGAGCUGCCAGCAGUGUUUGAUGGGGUGAAGCUAGCUGCAGUUGCUGCUGUUCUGUAUGUUAUUGUUCGCUGCUUGAAUUUAAAAAGCCCAACUGCCCCUCCUGAACUCAUUUACCAGGACUCUGCUUUGGCUCGCUUUCUACUCAAAUCCUGCCCACUUUUGACCAAAGAGUACAUUCCACCCCUCAUCUGGGGAAAGAGUGGACAUAUCCAGACAGCUCUUUAUGGAAAAAUGGGGAGGGUGAGAUCACCACAUCCAUAUGGACUUCGCAAGUACCUCACAAUGCCAGAUGGAGCAACAGCCACCUUUGAUCUCUUUGAGCCACGCUCUGAGCACUGCACUGGAGACGAUGUCACGAUGGUGAUCUGCCCGGGGAUUGCUAACCACAGUGAGAAGCAGUACAUCCGCACCUUUGUUGACUAUGCCCAGAAAAAUGGGUACAGAUGUGCUGUCCUGAAUCACUUGGGAGCCCUGCCAAACAUUGAGCUCACUUCACCACGGAUGUUCACCUAUGGGUGCACCUGGGAAUUUGGUGCCAUGGUGAAUUACAUCAAGAAGACCUACCCUCAGACCCAGCUGGUUGUUGUGGGCUUCAGCCUGGGUGGAAACAUAGUGUGCAAAUACCUGGGAGAGAGCCAGACCAACCAGGAGCGAGUCCUGUGCUGUGUCAGCGUGUGCCAGGGGUACAGUGCACUGAGGGCACAGGAAACCUUCAUGCAGUGGGAUCAUUGUAGGAGAUUUUAUAACUUCCUCAUGGCAGAUAACAUGAAGAAGAUCAUCCUUUCUCACAGGCAAGUUCUUUUUGGAGAUAACAACACAAAGAAGCCACAAAACCUGUCAGAUACUGAUCUGGGCAAGCUCUAUACAGCAACGUCACUUAUGCAGAUUGAUGAUAAUGUUAUGAGGAGUCUGCUGAACUACAGUGAACACAACUCCAAAUUCUUACUUGCCUCCACAUUAAAGAAAACUUAG